UUUUUAUGAAAUAUUAUGCUGGGCGAUUUAUCUGAAUAUAUAAAUUAAACAUAAUUUGGAAAGAUUAGAAAAAUACGAACUUUUACUUAUUUAUCAUCUUUAAUGAUGAUUAUUUGAUAGAUUUUGUAUUUAUUAUUUUAUUAUUUAAAGUUCGUGUUAUAGCGAUAUAAUUCCAAAUUUCUACAGGAAGAUUAUUGAUACGUCUUCUUCAAUGGAGUUCAGUAAUAUAAAAAUUUUAACUGUUGGAUUAAGCUGUGUUGAUAUAGUACAAACAUGUAAAUAUUAUCCUCUUGAGGAUUGUGAACAAAAGUCUGUUGAAUAUAAACAGCAAAGAGGUGGAAAUAGUUCAAAUACAUGCACUGUUCUUUCUUUGUUAGGAAAUUUGUGUGAAUUCUUAGGAGUAUUUAGUGCAGAAGAACAUACUAAUUUCUUACAAAAUGACAUGAAAAAAUAUAAUAUUGAUUUUUCACAUUGUCCUGAAAUCAAAGGUGUUGGAUGUCCUGUAUCAACAGUUAUACUAAGUUUAAGUACUGGAACUCGUACAAUUUUACAUUAUAAUCCGAAUCUACCAGAAUUGACAUUAAAAGAUUUUAUGCAACUGAAAUUGCAGAACUACAGUUGGAUCCAUUUUGAAGGCAGAAAUAUAACGGAAUUAUUAUCUAUGAUGCAAAAUAUAGAAAGCUACAAUAAGUCUAUGAGAUUAUCAGAUAAGCAAAAUAUAGAAAAAAGUAAUAAAUGGAAUAUGACUAUUACUAUUAGUUUGGAGAUAGAAAAAUCUAUACCUGAAUUAUUAGAUUUAUUAUCUUAUGUCGAUAUAGUAUUUAUAUCAAAAGACUUUGCAAGAAGUAGAGGAUAUAACAAUAUGAGUGAAACAUUGAAAAAUAUCAGUGCAAAAACUAAACCAGGAACAAUUAUUAUUUGUGCUUGGAGUGAUAGAGGUGCAAUGGCAUGUAUUUCGGAUGGAGUUACAGUACAAUCACCAGCUUUUCCACCACAAAAAAUAAUAGACAGUCUUGGUGCUGGGGAUACAUUUAAUGCAGGGGUUAUACAUUAUUUGAACAAAGUAAAAAUUUCUGCUAAAAAUAAAGACAAAGGUUCUUCAAACAGUCCUGUUAAAAAAAGUCAGUCAAAGAAACAUGAUAUUGAAAAUUCAAAAUUUAAUCAAACAGAAUUUAUUGAUCAAAAUAUUCUACAGGCAGCUAUAACCUUUGCUUGUCAUGUUGCUGGUACCAAAAUAGGAAUGAAAGGUUAUGAUGGUCUUGAUAAGAUAUUUACAAAAUUCGAAUAAAUUUAUAUAUUUAAAAAAAAGGGUCGAUUUCAUCUUAAAUAUAAUACUAUUUUUAGCGCAAUAUAUAUUAAUCGUACAGAUUUAUUUUAGUAAUUAAACGUAUUGAGCAUUUUUACAUGUAAUAUUUGAUAUUUGACACAUAAUGUAGAGUUCUGUAAUAUUAAAUCUAAGAGAAAAGGGUAGCACCAGGGGAUCCGAAGAUGUUGUGCCUGUCUUUUAGACGCUAUCAUGUUAACCUUAUACAAUAUUUUAUCAUAAAUACCAUAAUAAUAACUGAUAUUUUAGAAAUAUAAUGAUUUGAUAUGAGAA